AUGCAGAAGAAGAGUGGUGGUGAAGGAACUGGGAAAGGGGUGUUUUCAGUGGCACUAGCAUUGGAUGGCGCGUUGACUUGGGAUGUGCCUCCUCCGGUUGAAGAAGAUGGGAUCAUUAUUGCCAAGACAAGCAGAGCCAACGACAGUGAGGAGACACUGAAGGAGAGCGGUGACACAAAUCCCAAAGAGAAUGGCGAUGUUACGCCUGAGGAAGUGAUCAAAGCAAGGCCUGUAGAUUUUAGUCAUGCAUACGAGGGUUGCAGGAUAGCGCUGUCUGGUGCUUCCCGUGACCAUUUGGUCAAGUUUGUGAAGCAGCUGCUGUGCGGACUGUGUGUGGAAGGCAGGGAUGAGUGGCUGCCAGUGUUAGUGGACAUCGCACUGAGUGCUGCACAGUGCCUAGACCUGUCUGCAGCCCGCACGACAGGGAUCGUGGAUCCAAGAGAAUAUGUCAAGGUGGAGUGCGUGCCCGGCGUGAGUGAGCCCAAGGAGAGCCAGGUCAUACAUGGCAUGGUGCUGCGGAAGAACAGGGCGCAUCGCCGGAUGCAGUCCAAGUUGCCCAAUCCGCGGCUGCUGCUGUUGUCAGGUCCUCUGGAGUUUGAAACCUCAGCAACGACUUUGUUGCAGCUCAACUCAGCAUAUCUCAGCAGGGGUAAGGAGUACCUGGAUGCUGUGGCCAGUAAGAUUGUUUCUUGUCGGCCAGACGUGGUGCUUGUGGAGAAGAAUGUGGCAAGGGCUGCCAUCGAGAAGCUCAAUGAGGAGGGCAUCAUACUUGUAUACAACGUGCAACUACCCCAGCUGGAAAUGUUGGCACAAUGUACAGGAGCAGAGGUUGUAAAUCUGAAAUCCGUAUCUGAGGUGAAGCAGAGCAGCAUGGGGCGCUGUGAGGAGUUUGCUGUGAUGGAUGUGAUACGCAAGCCCACUGUGGUGGGGGGCCGCAUGAAACGGGCCGUCCUCCCCCCCCUCAUGAUCUUCAAAGGCUGCCAGGUGCCCUUGGUGUGCACGGCUGUGCUGUACGGCGAUACGCCGGAGCAGCUGGACAAGCUGUCGCGGGUGGUGAAGCAAUCCAUCUUUGCAGCAUACCACAUGCGCCUUGAGUCGGCGUUCCUUGCUGAUGAGCUGUCGGUCGCAAGCUCAGCGAUGGCUGCUGUUGCAGAAGGGUUCCCUGUCGAUGCUGGGCUGGAUCUGUGGCGUGACAUCGGCCACGAGUUUGUGUGCAAGUCUGUGCAAGGCGUUGCAAAGUGGCGCUCCAGCAGACCCAUUCAUUCCCUAUCGCCACAUGUGUCCGGUUGGUGGGCGUCAGAGGCGCGGCACCACAUCUCCCAAUCGAAAGAAUAUGUCACGCCAGUGUUCAUGGGCCGCAAGCGCGACCCAGCGGCAGAGGGAGAGGAUGCAUACGGGUGGGAAGAUACUGAUGAUUCAGAAAACCCAUGGGAAGAUAAUAGUGACUUUGUCUGUGACGCGAGGAGCGACGUGACAGAGGAGAAGAGAAGCGAGGUGGGUGAAAAGAAUGAAGAAGUGGGUGAUUGGAGGCCAAAGAGGAACGGGGUGAUCUCGUUGUUUGGGCAGCCGGCGGGGGGUGCUUUGGGUAAGGCGCGGAUGGGCAAGCGUAGCUUGUCAACUGGGUGCCUGAGGGGUUUGAAGUCUGGAGGUCAGGAAGAGGCAGUAAGCCCUGAGCACAGGCCUUCUGCGGAGAGUGCCGAUGCUGAUCGGUUGGCGAUGUGCGAUGGGGAGGAAAUGAGGACACGCGAGCAGGUAGGCAGUUCUGGGGAGGUGUCGACGAGCGGGAGGGUGCGGAGUAAGGUGCUGCACGUGAUGGAGGAGCCGCUGAGAUUCACUUCUUCAAUCGCCAUCAGGAAUCAUCGCCGGGGGUUGAUGUGUGAGCCCCACCACCUGCACAGCAUCGACUUUUAUGACAGCGACAGUGACCGGUCGCUCUCCAGUUUCCUCAUGUCCAUCGCAGCUGACUCAGAGAAGCGCUGUCCACAUGACUGUCAUGGCGGCAACUCGUCCCAUGUGCGCACCUUCCUGCAUGGCGGCAUGCGCAUCACCAUGUCGGUCGUGUCCUUGCCCCCAGACAAGGAGCUCCAAAAUUCGGGACAACUCUGGUUCUGGGCCCGACCCAAGGGCUUGGGCAGGCAGCCUCUGGCCACAGUCCGCCGUGUCCUACUGUCCCCUGAUGCGAUGCGGGUGUCCUUUGGGGCGUUCCUGGACCUGUCGUGCAACUCCAAUUUUCUGCAGGUUUUCGACCGACAGCUGCACCUGGAGUUUGUGCGGUAUUUUGGGUAUGGCCGGACAGUGGCAUGCGUGUACCAGGACCGGUUCCAGCCGUACGAGCUGCACAUCCCUCCGCGGGAGCUGUGCUACAGCAAUGACAACCAGCUGAUGUGGAUGACUGAGUGUGGCAAUGAGCUGAUGCAGGAAGCGAACGAGGCCUACACUGCAGUAGAGAAGGCCCUGCAGGUGUCGCAGGAGCAGGCAGGCGAUGGGCAUGCAUCGCGUGAGAGCUAUGUGCACAAAACGCUGGUGAGGGACAUCCACCAGGAGCACACGGAAUUCACAGAGAAGCUGAAGAGGAUCAUACGGCACGCAAGGAAAGGCGGCGUGGACAAGCGCUCCAACCUGGUGAACUUCGACGAGGUGCUGCUGGACUGCGCCCUGGAGCUCAACGGCCUGCGCAAGGACCUCGCCGUGAACGUCCUGGCCUGGGCCAAGUUCAUGUCAGACCCCACCCAACAGAACCCGCCAACCGUCAGCUCCAAGGCCUCCGACCUGGAUGCCGACCUGCUGCCGCGCAGGCAGUCCGAGCCGCUCCCACAGACGCCCAAAGACCCGCCAGAGGCACCGCCGAUUCACCGUGAGGGCACGGAUCCGCCUCCAGAUGCCGAAUCGGUGGCAGGGGCGGGAGGUGAUCGCCAGGACUCGGUUCGCAACGAAGAUGGAGGCCCGGAGGCGAUCGAGACUCGGAACAGCGGUGGGGAAGGGUCGGCGCGGGCUUCCACGCCGGAGGGGGAGUGCAUGGUGGCGUCGCACAGGCUGGGCAGCGCCGACGGCCCCCUGGACAGCACCAGCGACCAACCGGUCGGCAGCGAGGCCUCGGAGCUCGGGGAGGAUGAGGGCGGCUGGGUUCCACUGCGGUCCCCCUUCGCUGAGGCGCCCUUCCUGAUCCGGCCCUUCUCGCCGGACGGCGUGGGGAUCGACCGGGGCGAGGAGGAGGGAGGGGGGGCGAGUCGCCGGCGCGACCUGAUGGCCACGCCCCCCGGCGAGUUGCGCCGCGUGGGCGCCAUCCCCCCGAUCGACACGGCCGGCUCGCGCAAGCUGCUGCACAAGAACUCCAGCGCCAGCAACCUGAUCGACAUCUUCAACUCGGAGGCGGAGAAGUUUCGGGCAGCGGGGGAGGCCAUCGGGGAGUCGUCGUCCGCGGACGGCGGCGACGGCGGCGACGGGCCGCCCUCGCACCGCCGCUGCUCCUCCGAUCCCUUCUCCCCGCGGGAGGAGCCGCUCGUGCACCAGCUCACCCGUCGGCUGGUGUCCGGAUUCUCCUCCUCGGACUUGGCCAACGGCGUGGACGGCGACCUGAAGAGGAAGUCGGAGCCCGUGCCGGAGUUGGCGCGGCAGGUCCACCCCCUGGAGGUCAAUGCCAACAACUCGACGCCCUUCCUGUCCAGGGCCAGGUCGCACAAGUCGUCGGAGCCCGGCAUGGUGCCCCUCAGCGUGGGCCAGGUGUUCCUCAACGGCCGGUCGCUGAUCACCGCCGGCCAGUGCACCUCCGGCGGCGACGAAGUCGUCAUCCCGGUCUUCGACGACGAGCCGGGUUCCGUCAUCGCCCACGUGCUGGCGUCGAUCUCGUUUCAGAAAAAGCUGCAGCAGGAGGUCGCGGCCAUGCAGGCCCUGCACUGGUCGGCGGGGGAGCGGGCGGAGCCCCGCCCUCACGAGCGCCGCAGUAGCUGGGACGGAAAACCCCCAGCGGAAGGGCCCCAGGGUACCGGGAGGCGGGCCAGCGACGGGGUCGCGAGGGUGCCGCGCAGCGACGCCGUGUACUGGCACCCGGCGCACAUCACGCAGCGGUUCGAGGACGACGCGCUGGAGAUGAUGCCGCUCAGCAAGGCAAGGUUCGACGUGGUGGCGUACUUCGCGCCGCAGUUUGCCAAGCUGCGGAGCAGGUGCAUCCCGGGCGGGGAGAAGUCGUUCAUCAUGAGCCUGUCGAGAUGCAAAUUGUGGAGGGCGCGGGGAGGCAAGACCAAGGCCUACUUUGGCCGCACCAUGGAUGAGCGUUAUGUCAUCAAGAGCAUGUCUGCCAUGGAGCGGGACUCGUUUCUGAGGCACCUGGCACCAAACUACCUGAAAUACAUCGACGAUGCCAUUGACGCUGGCCGGGAUAUCUGUCUGGCCAAGAUACUGGGCAUGUUUCAGGUGUCUCUGAAGUCACGGACAGAAGAGUGGGAGCGCACAGUGAUCAUCAUGGAGAACGUAUUCUACGACCGCACCUGCAUACGCAAGUACGAUCUCAAAGGCUCCAAGCGAGGGCGGGACAACCCCGAGGCUGAAAGGAGCUACAGCAGGGGCGAGGAGGCCGUCUUUCUCGACAACGACCUCCGGCGCCACAACCUGCAGGCUCCCCCCCUGCUGGUCGACCAGCGCAACCUUGACUGCCUUCAGGACGCGCUGAACCGCGACACCAAGUUCCUUGCCGACCUGGCCAUCAUGGACUACUCACUCAUCCUGGGCCUGGACAAGGAGCGCACCAAGCUCGUGGUGGGCAUCAUCGACUUUGUGCGGGAGUACACGCUGGACAAGAGGUUCGAGACUCUGAUAAAGUCGAGUGGCAUACUGGGCGAGGGGGGCAGCGAGCCGACCAUCAUCAGUCCGAAUGCCUACCGCACUCGAUUCGUCGAGGAAAUUCGGAAGUACUUCACGGUGGUGCCGACGCAUGACGACUGGGAGGCCGGGGCGCCCAGGCGGGGGGCCGAGGCGGCGGUGUGCGACGGUUGUUGA